AUGGAUUCUAAUCCAAAUAUGAAUUUAAAUUUUGUUGAUCUUCUUCAAAAUCAACAAGAUAGUGGCAUCGGUUUCGAAUCUUCUCAUAUUCCUUUAUUUGGCACACAAGCUACUGAUGGUUCAAACUUCGAACAAGACAGUCCAGUGGAGCGGAAUGAGCAAAGGUCUGUUGCUUUCUGGAAAAGGAUUGCAGCCUACUACUCGGCUAGUCCUAAGAUUGUUGAGUGUGACAAAAGAGAGGCAUCAAAUACAACAACCAGAGAGAAAACCAGUGGUCAAAACGAGAAUGUUGUUCUCAAACAUGUUCUCGAAAUCUUCUUCAACAACCAUAAAAAGAAGUUCACCCUUGAACAUGCUUGGAAGGAGAUUCGCAAUUACCAGAAGUGGUGUGACCUGUCUUCAUCUACAAGUGAAGGAAGCUCCAAAAGGAGGAAGUGUGAGGACGGUUCAUAUUUAGCAUGCUCUCAAGCAAAUGAAACCGAUAGUGCUUUAGCUGAUGAAGGAACCACUCGUCCCACGGGUGUUAAGGCAGCAAAAGCCCGUGGGAAAAAACCGAUGGUUGAGGGGAAGGAGCUGUCUAAGUUUCAGACUAUGUGGAAAAUCAAGCAGCAUGAUUUGGCUAUGAAGGAAAAGCUGUCAAAGAUGAAGCUUCUGGACAGUCUCAUUGCAAAAUAA